CGCUUCAUGGACGAUGUGGCCCUUAUGAUUGGCUACCGGCCGUUCCCCUGGAUCAAGUGGUGCUGGUCCUUCAUCACGCCCGCCGUCUGCAUGAGACCCCGGGGUCCACCCAGAACACGCCGGAGAGAUUAUAAAUCUCAUCUGGCCUGGGAAUGCCUCGGGAUCCCCGGGAAGAGCUGGGAAAUGUUGCUGGGGGAAUCUUCAUUUUCCACCUGGUGAACUACAAGCCUCUGACCUACAACAACACGUACGUGUACCCGUGGUGGGGCGAGGUGAUCGGCUGGUGCCUGGCCCUCUCCUCCAUGCUCUGCAUCCCCGUCAGCAUCCUCUACAAGCUGGUCAGCGCCAAGGGCACCUUCAAGGAGCGCUGGGCCCACCUCACCACCCCGGUGUGGGGGCACCACCACCUGGAGUACAUGGCCCCCGACCUCCGGGCCCUGACCUCCAAUGCCCCCGGCACCGAGGAGAACAAGGUCAUCAUCUUCGAGAGCGUCAUGUAGGCGGGACUCUACAUCUCCCCCCCUCCCACCUACCACAAGACGACCUCCGCCUCCAUUGAUUGGUCGUCUCCUCGGAUCAACCAAUCGAUGGCCGUCCUUCAAACCUUCGAUCGUCACCGGGCAGACCAAAGCUGGAAACAAUAUUUUCCAACCCUGUAAAAAAAAGAACAAAGCGGCUCCUCCAGGCGGAUUAUUACGAUUUUUUUUAACAAUCACAACUUCCUGUUUUUCCCCUUCAGAAUAAAACAAAAAUGUGAGAUUAAAACCAGCAGAUAAAUGUGUUCUGUACCUGCAAAGGGCUCCAUCUUGGAAACGUGUAAAUAUAAUAUUACAAGGACGCCAUGCAACGUUUUUUUUUUAUCUGUAGGAGCUGAAGAAGAAAGAGUUUCACUGUGUUCACAAACAGCUGCUGGGCUUCCUCCAUGUUGGAGUGUCUUGUCUCUGGGUGGGCGGGGUGGACACACACACACACACACACACACACACACACACACACACACACACACACACACACACACACACUCACUGCCUCAACAGGGACUGGUGCUCGAGACUUGUGGGUAAACGUUUUGAAAGUGUGUGUGAUGGCUUUCUGCAGACGGAGUUGUAGACCGACUGAGACCUGGAGAAUUAACAGAGGGCGUUUGCGCCGUAACGGGAUUUAAAAAACGCUUAGAUUCGUAGUCCUGUCGUGAAGCGAGAAACACUAAAGGAAUGAUGGUAGCCAUAUUGCAAUUAGACAAGCAAACGUUUCUGAGUGUCUUUGACUAAGUUUUUCAAAGUGUGUCAGCUGGACUUACAGUGUCAAAGAAAGCCACUUCCUGUUACGGAGCAAAUUCCUCAUCGCUCGUGAUGUCUCUGAGUUUGUGAGCACUUUCUGAGACGCUCUGAUUUUUAUUGAUCUAGAAACCGGAUCCGGACUGAACUCGUUGCUUCCUCAUGAAAUACUGUGAAUGACCAGCGUGAUGUUUUCUGACCGCCCAGCUCUGUUUUAAAUCACA